AUGAUGACUCUUCUAGAAAUGGCCAAUGAGACCCUGUUGAAAAUUUCCCUCUAUCUCGACUAUCGUGAUCUCAGCGCGUUUGUGCGGGUCAAUCGCCACUUCUAUGCUUUGUCAAACAAGAAUCUUUACAGCUCACUCGCUAAGGAUUCACCCGGAAAAGCGAUAGCAUGGGCAGCCAACACAGGGAACCAAGCUAGCGCCCAAAAGCUGUUGCAGAUGUGCGGCUUAAAGAUACUAGAUGAAUUCUUCUCUGAAGACCGAGAACCAAUAGUCAUCGCCGCGUCGAAUGGACAUACCCGUCUUGUCCAACUAUUUCUUCCCCACUGUAUUCAGCAGGAUACCGAAAAGAAGGAAGAUCUAGUCAGAAAAACGCUUGAUGCUGCAAUCAGGAAAGACCAUAUUGCAGUAGUCAAGCUGCUCCUCGAAGACAAGGCCGAUUUCAACCUAAACGCCAUGAGCAAAAAUGCCGUAGCUCCUUUAUGCACUGCUGUCGAAAUGGGGAAGGUUUCAAUGGUUGAGAUUUUCCUUGAGCACAAUUACUGUGACCUCAACACCAGUGACCUGGAUGAUAUGACGCCUCUAGCCCUUGCUGCUUCUGGGCCACCAUCGUCCGCAAAUCUAGACAUUGCACGACUCUUGCUAGAGGCUAGCCCAGGUCUGUAUAGAGAUCCCGAACUGUUACUCAAAGCCGCGCGAUCAGACAACAUGCCCGUCAUGAAGUUCCUUCUAGCGAACAACUUCAAUUGGAGGCGACUGGAAUGGUUUGAUAUCUUGUCUGAAUUCUCUCAACUGAGGCGGAAAGACCACGAGGUGGGGUCAUUGCUGCUGAGCUGGAUGAAUGUCGACAGCAUCAUGGAAAUUGGUAGCCUUCAACGUUGUUAUCUCUUGAGGGGAGCGAUUGUCAAUGGGUUCGAAGAGCUAUUGGAAAAGUUGCUGAUUGAGUCGACUGUCCUCGAUGAAGACCUUCAUCCAAACAUCCGGACGCACCGUUUUUGUCAUUUGAGUUUGGCUGUCUGCCAUAACCAAUAUAAGUCUGUUGAGCUCUUACUCAAGCAUCACGCUGACCCUAAUGGCAAAGGCAAGUGUCGACCGAUACAAUUUGCUCUCGAAAGAGUCAAGGAUGAUAAAAUCGUGAGACUGCUACUUCAUCAUGGAGCGACAUACGAUCCAGAAAAGUGGGUUGGGACGUCCGAACACUGUGAUUUAAUGAAUUCUCGUAUGGCUAAAGUGCAAAAGGAGACCUGUUAA